GAGGAGGCGGCGUCGACGGCGGCAUCGUGCAGUGGGAAAGGAGGCGCCGGGGGUGGAGGAGCAAGCGGCAAGGUCAAGGCCGCCGGGAAGGGCGGGCCGGAGAACGCCAAGUUCCGGUACCGCGGGGUGCGGCAGCGGAGCUGGGGCAAGUGGGUGGCGGAGAUCCGGGAGCCCCGGAAGCGCUCGCGCAAGUGGCUCGGCACCUUCGCCACCGCCGAGGACGCCGCCCGGGCCUACGACCGCGCCGCGCUCCUCCUCUACGGGCCCCGCGCCCACCUCAACCUCACCGCGCCGCCGCCCCUGCCGCCUGCGCCUGCCGGGCCAUCGUCCUCCUCCGACGCCGCCGCCUCCUCCUCGGCCGCGUCCUCCUCCUCCUCCACGGCCCCGCCGCUCCGUCCGCUCCUGCCGCGCCCGCCGCACCUCGCCGCUUUCCAUCACCACCACUUCCACCACCUCCUGCAGCAGCAGCAAACGCCCCACCCGCCUCUGUACUACGCCAGCACGGCCUCUACGUCCACGGUCACCACCACGACAACUCCGCCGCCGCCGCCGCAGCCACAGCACGACGCAGCCGCCGCGCCGGCCGUUCUUGGUGCUGCCGCAGUGUCUUCUACAGCUGAAACAACACAACCCGUGCCGGCGCCUGACGAGGACGCAUCGGCGGCGGCGGCCGCGGCGGAGGCCGGUUGGGGGUACCACGGCGGAGACGAGGAGGACUACGCGGCGGCGCUACUGUGGAGCGAACCGGACCCCUGGUUCGAUCUCUUCCUCAAGUGA